AUUCACAUUCACAUUCACUCAUUCUCAUUCUUAGUCUUAUUAUUCUCAUUCUAAUUUCAUUUACGCUCUUCACAUCAAUCUAAUCUUUAUAUUUCUCCCCUUUCAUUCAUUCGUACUCUUUUACCUAUUGCCUAUUACUUUCCGCUUCACUCGGCUACUCUUACUUUGUUGUCUCAACGUUCAUCCUCAACUUAUGCAUUCCAUUUCCACUUUUUUAUCUACAGCCUAAUCCAACUCAUUAUUCUACUGCAUCCUCUACUUGAUUUUUCAUUUAUUACUCAAGCAACAACAUAAAAAAAAAAGAAAGAAUACCAAAGUACAACAAGACAACGUGAAAGUAGGAUAUUAGCGAGGAUCGAAUGUCCAAGCAUGUUUACCCACGCUGGCACAGUCCUGUCCAGAAAGUACUCUUCGGUAUAGCCGUCAUCCUUUGCAUUACCUUACCUGUAAUCUAUGGUGAAGAUGACGACGAUGUCUUUAUCUCCUCCACAGCUGUCAUCGUUGUCCUGGUGCUCUACUUUGUUGCAUGGGGUCUAUUUUCUCUAGUCGCCCGGUACGCAAUCAAACCACCCACUGUAGAGUCGAAACUUCCAAUCCAUACACCAUCUCCUGCACCACCCCUGGUCCUACAUGCGCCUGCAAGCAGACACGCCGUCCCUGCAGCACCAGCCAUUAAAAUCACAACCACAACAUCUCCACCUUUCUCUUCACAAGUUGCUGGCCUAACAAAUGAACAAAAAAAACAGACCAAGAAAUCAGGAGGUGCUCGUUUCGCGGACUUUGAUAAUGACGAUGAUAGCGACAGUGAGCCAAAGCAGAUUUACGACCCUUCAGCUCUAAGUGGCAAUCCAAACACGAUAGCUACGUCCAUAGGACAGAGAGGAACAACUGGAAAUACUAACAACACUCAAGCGGUAACCUUUCAAACUCGUCCUCAGGGAUUGACAGGAGAAUCCGUUCUUCAAUCGGACUCUAGUUAUCCAACCUUUGCUACCUAUCGUCAAUCACAACAUGCCAACUUUAAUGCAUUUGCACAACGUAUCCGGCGUGCGCUUGAAGAUGCACACUCUCAGCGUCUAUUAAUGCAGGAUGAGGAGCAGAGGAGAGAGAGAGAAAGGUUGGAAGCACAACGUACAUCACAACAACGUCUUGAAAGCUCUGCUUUAAGCGAUGCAAAUGCGGUUAUGACUGCCACGUCCACAGGGAUAGUAGGAUCUGAGACCACUGCAAUUGGAGUAGGGGCUACACUUUCGCCACCAUCCAAUGCCCUCUCUGCUAUCAAGGGGACGGGUCGUCCACGGUCAUCGUCUACUGCCAGCAUGAUCAGUAAUCUCUCUGAAAAAAUUCGAUUGGGAGGUGUUAAUUUCUUUGGACGUAAUGUUGGAAGGUCUAGGGCUGGAAGCGAUGCCAGUGCCAUGAGUCCGCCAUCAUUAGCAUUAGCUAAUACCCCUGCAGUGGGAGUAGGCACAGGGACUUUAGAUGGAGGGAUAUCGUCGCCUGUAGAUUCAAAUGCAUCGGACACACUACCGUCCCCAUCAUUAGCACUAUCGCCACCUACGUCAUCCACAACUACAAUGGCAGCCAUUGCCUCUGCAGCAGCCAUCGCUUCCGCAAUGACCUUACCACAAUCGCCUGUGGAUAGCUCUGAGAAAGAUGUCACUAUUGACAUGGGAUCAGUACCAACCACAGCAAUGAUAGACGAUAGCAAAAAGGAUUUGAAUGCAAGACAAACAAGUCGCCAUCCAGGGCUGAGCCACCCUUUGUCACAAGCAAUUCAUGUGGACGAUGACGAUAAGAGCCAGGAUGAUAAUGAAGCAGGUUCAAAUGACGAUGAUGAUGAUGGUGUAGGUGUGGUCCUCAGUCCGGAUGAGAGUUAUCCAAACCAACAGGAAAUUGAGCAUAAGGACAAGGGCUCUGUAGCAUCCUAAACAGCAACGAUUACACUACCAGAUGUGAAAGCAGGCAUAAGAAACACUAG